AUGCCAAAACAAAAUAAAGGAAAUCUAAACACCCCUAUGACUCCAAACGAAAUACCAGCUAGCACUGCCGCACCGACAGUUAAUACUCCAACAAAAUUGGAAAGCCGCAUACCCCAGAGUCCUCUUAGUUUCGCACCCAUUAGAGGAUUGCCCACGUUUCUCCGAGUCCCUGGAAUCCUUCUUUUCUGUAUUGUGCUUGGAUAUCUUAUCGGCAGAUGGAGGUUGUCAUUCAUCUUUCUUCUGCCAGUGGCCCAUGUUGCCUAUUAUGUGUUCAACAGGAAGGUUGUAGAGUAUAGACGAUCCUUGGAGACCCUAUGUAGAGAAAACACCAUCCAACAGCACUUGGGCGAGUUUGAAACUGUAGAGUGGAUGAAUCAUAUUCUGAAGAAACUCUGGGAUGUUUCCGAGCAGACAGUAUCUUCAAUCAUCUUUAAUGAAGUCAAUAACACUCUUUCUAAAAUAUCCAAGAACCAACCAUUCGAUCUGAGACUCUCGGAAAUAACUUUGGGUACCAGGCCGCCUGUUAUCGAGAGAAUAUCGUUUGUGCAGAAUUCAGAAAACAAGCUUGUUUUGGAAUGUGCAUCAAACUUCAUUCCGGUACAAGCCUCUGAAGAAAUUUUGGCAUAUUUCAAAAAGGAAAGAUCACAUUGGAACACUUACAUUGAAAUCCAAGUCAAACUAGCGAAUUUAUUGACAAUCCCUAUACUGGUCCGUGAUUUUACAUUCUCAGGGAUAUUCAAGAUUGAACUAGAUCUUUCCCAAAAGAUUCCAUUUGCCAAAAAGCUCAGAUUCUCUUUCCUAGAAAUGCCAACUGUUGAUUUCAAGCUUAUUCCUCUCAAGAGUGUGGAUAUGCUCGAUCUUCCUUAUAUUGGAGGUCUUCUAAAUACAGUCAUGGAGAGCCAAAUAAGGAGCAUGGCCUUAGAGCCAAAGUCUAUAGAGAUAGAUCUAGAGGAGGUUGUAAAGUACAGUGGAACAGUGGUUGGGGUGGUAUAUAUUUACAUACAUGAUCUCGAGGUACUGGAUCAGUGCACUUACUGGAUAUGUCUGGAUAAUAACGGUAGAAAAUUUGGAACAACAGCAAAGAAGUCAGGACGAAAUCCAUUUUUCAACCAAGGAUUCUAUGACAUAGUCUUGGAUACCACCUACAGUAUCGGUGUUACUCUCCAGUCUACCGACCAAACUCCAAGAGGCCUUAAGCACGGCAGGAUAUUCUUAAGGAAUUUAAAUAAGCACAUAUACUCUGAGAAUCUCUACCUGUCAAACGAUACAUCUAGAACGUUUCUCAAUGUUACAACCCAGUUCUAUCCUGUAUCAGAAGAGUCCCAGGAUAGCGCUAUAAUCUACUUGAAUCUCAUAUCAAUAGAGGAUCUCCAGUGCAUUGGAGAUCCAAUAAAUAGACUGUAUUCAACAUUCUGUGUAGUCACUCUUGAAAGAAAGGAGUCCUCAAGCACAAACAGGAUUGUCCUUAAAAGAUGCGAAUCUAAAAGGAUAUUUACGACCAAGGAUCCAUUCUACAACGAGUCAUUCAAAUUCUUUGUGAGGGGAUUUGAGGACUAUCUUAUUAAAAUACGAGUAGUAAAUGAAAAGGAUAGUAAAAGUAUAGGAACAGUCGUGGUAGCCUGCACAGAUAUUAAGAACAGUGGAGCAAUCAAGUACAGAAUAUGUGGUGUGGAGAGUGGGGAGAUGAACCUGAAAUUCAAUAUAAAGCAUGUAAAUAUGGAGGAUCCGCCCUUUACUGCAGAAGAGCUUUAUGUCGAUAGCAAAGAAAACAAUGAAUGCAGCAGUGAAGAGAGUAAAAAUACAAAUAUGGAAGGAAAAAACACUGCUAAUGAAGAAGACAAGGAUGGGAAUGGAGAAGCUAGCGUUAUUAAUGAAUAUGGAAUUUCCGAAGAUAAAAAGCCAGACAAAAUGCCUAUCAUUGGUGAAUAUAUUGAGCACACGGAUGUUCCUUCGCCGCCUUUGUCCUCUAAAAAAGCAGAUAAGAAUGUGGUGGAUUCAAUUGAAAGUCUCUCUUUUGGAAUACAUAAUGUUGAUGCUCAAAACCGCUUCUUCCUACAGUUCAGAAAGGCCCUGAAGUUCUCCAUAAAAGACAUUAAGGCCUCUGGUCUUUUUUAUCUUGUUUUUGAAACGGGUUUUCUAAAUAUCAAAAUGGAACCUUUUAGUACUGAGCUGGAAAUUCAAAGGGAAGUAGUGGUGCCUAUUGUAAAUGAGAGGGCGUUAAGAGCAAGACUGUUUAGAAUGUCUUUGACAGGCGAUUCAUUAAUAUCAGAGGAACAGAUAGACAUAUAUAAACUUGGUAGUCCAUCGCAGGUUGUCUGUGUGUUCGAGAAGAUUAGGAUUGAAUUUGAUGUUGAGCUCGAUCUUCUAGCUAACUUUACCAAUACGGACAACGAUGCUAGUCUCAAGAUUCUGCAAAUAAGAAUAGGAGAGUUCAAUAGGCAUGGGAUAUUUACUCUUGACUUCCACACGGACAGCUCUGUCCAAAAUGUUAAGCUGGUCCACCGCUUAAAUACUUUCCUGCUUGGGAAGGAGAAUCUCUACUGCAGAUUAAAGGAUAAUGGAAAGGAGGUGUCCCAUGUGAUGGUUCCAAAGAGAGACUGCAACGAAGAGUUUGACUUUGGAAAUGGACUAAAAGCACAGAUGUACUGCAAAAUGCAGACGUGUGCCUUUAAAAAGAUCAUUCCUUCGAAGCAGGGAGAGCUUGAGGUAUUUAUCAUUAAGGCUAACAAACUUAAGGGAGCAAGCAACGGGACAAGUGAUCCCUAUGUCAAGGUAUUUCUUAAUAAAGAAAAGAUCCAUAAGACAAACAAACGACUAAGAAGCUUGGAUCCUAUUUUCAAUGAGAGCUUUAGGAUUAAUGUCCAGAAGAACGUGGAUGAAAUGGGAUUCCAUAUUUAUAGUCUCAAUUCACUGACGGUUGAUUCCUUGAUUCACUUUGUCGACAUCUCUCUUUUCAAUAUUUCAGAAGGAUACAGCAGACAUACCUUAAAGAUGAAGGACGGAGACAACGGGGAGGUGGGAGAUGCCACACUUCAGGUAAUCUUCAACUAUAAAUCAGCAAUUAAAAGUACAAAAAUAGUGGGAAUGGUCUGA